AAAACUGAAAGCAGGAGUCACUCAAGCAAGACUAACCCAAGGGCACAAUCGAGGUGGUUUCUCCGCAGACCUCCUGGGACACGAGUGCAGAAUUUCCAACUCAAAAAUGAGUUGACAGCAAGGAUUAAUUUAAUCAAGCAGCUCCUGGUGAUUGGAAGCUUAUUUGGGCACAGGUGGUAUCAGCAAGUGGCAGGGAUUUGUGUCAAUCCAUCGUCACAUUUUGAAUUAUGAAAGUCGUACUUUGGGAGCAAGCCUUCAGAAAAACGCAAUGGAAGUGCAGAUUGAUUUUUUGCACAGGUGGGAAUAAGCUUCUCGAGUGAUUGCCAGGAUGGGCUCUGUUCAGAGUCAGAGAGAUGUUCAUGAUUUAUUUUCAAGUCUUCAAUGUGAAUAGGAAGCAUCCAUGAAGACAGAAGCAAUCAAUUCGUUUUCUGACAGUAAGGGAACGGAUGACUAUCGGAUCUGAAGACAACCAUGCUAUUCAAUGACUGCCUUUGACUGCACUAAGGGACUCAGCAUUGCCCACCAGUUUGACAGCUUUAACACAAACGCUCUAGACUUCUGUCGUUGAGCUGUGACCCUCCUGCUGCUAUGGAAUCUAGUCGGGCAAGCAGAGAGCGAGAGAAGGAGAAAGCUGAAGAACCUCGACGAUCGAGUAAGCAGUCUGGACGGAGUCCGUAUGGCUCUCGCCCUGGCUCUAACCAGUCGUCAGGGGUUCUUAUGGUUGGACCAAAUUUUAGGGUUGGCAAGAAGAUUGGAUGUGGCAAUUUUGGAGAACUUCGAUUAGGUAAAAAUCUCUACACGAAUGAGUAUGUAGCAAUCAAACUGGAACCUAUUAAGUCCCGAGCGCCACAGCUUCAUCUAGAAUACAGGUUUUACAAACAACUCGGCAGCACAGCUGAAGGAAUUCCUCAGGUUUAUUACUUUGGACCAUGCAGUAAAUAUAAUGCUAUGGUACUGGAGCUGCUCGGACCAAGUCUGGAGGACCUCUUUGACAUAUGUGACCGAGCGUUUACACUGAAGACUGUGCUAAUGAUUGCCAUUCAGCUGCUUAACCGAAUGGAGUAUGUCCACUCAAAGAGCUUAAUCUACAGAGAUGUCAAGCCAGAAAAUUUUCUAAUUGGAAGGCAAGGCAAUAAAAAGGAUCACAUAAUCCACAUAAUAGACUUUGGUUUAGCCAAGGAAUAUAUUGAUCCCGAUACCAAAAAGCACAUCCCCUACCGGGAGCACAAGAGCUUAACGGGCACGGCAAGAUACAUGUCCAUCAACACUCACCUGGGCAAAGAGCAAAGCCGCAGGGAUGAUUUGGAGGCUUUAGGACACAUGUUUAUGUAUUUUCUACGAGGCAGCCUCCCCUGGCAGGGAUUAAAGGCAGAUACGUUGAAAGAACGCUAUCAGAAAAUUGGCGACACAAAGCGAAACACUCCCAUUGAAGUUCUCUGUGAGAACUUUCCAGAGGAGAUGGCAACUUACCUCCGCUAUGUGAGGAGGCUAGACUUCUUUGAGAAACCAGACUACCAGUAUUUACGUACACUAUUCACGGAUCUUUUUGAAAGCAAGGGCUAUGCAUUUGAUUACGCAUACGACUGGGUUGGCAGGCAAAUACCCACUCCAGUCGGGUCCAGUCACGCAGAGCAUGGAGUGAGCAGAGAAAGCCACGCACACCGAGAGAAAGCUACACUUCAGCAGCCACUUCGAAACCAGACAGGAGCCGCUGAUCGCAGAGGAGCAUGGGAAAUUCAGCCUAAUCGGCAGCAAAAUCCUUCCUACCUGACCUCACAGCUGGCGUCUGACAGACACGGGGGCUCUGUCCAGGUGGUUAGCUCAACCAAUGGCGAGCUUAACAUCGAUGACCCAACAGUGGCACAUUCCAGUGCACCAAUUGCAACUCAACCAGAGGUGGAACCUUCAGAAGAUACCAAGUGCUGCUGUUUUUUCAAGAGAAAAAGGAAGAAGAGUACAAAUAGACAUAAAUGACUGCAGCUCUCCAGGGACUACGAGGCUCUGCUUGCAUGUUCAGCUCCCUUCAUUUCAGACGAAAAUGCCACCUAACUGGUUGAGAAGCUUCAGACUGAUCUUUGUUUUGUUUUGUUUUUGCCUGUGCCUACGUGUCCUCUGACUGGGGAAAGGAAUCCUCCUCCUUCAACACUCAGGCUCGAUUGCACUUCUUCAAUGGGAUCGACUUGCCGCCUGCCCUGCCAGAAGUGGCCAGGAGCCCAGUUCCGGGCUUUCUUUACCCUGUUUCCAUCGCCAUGGAGAGGUGAGGGGAAGGAGAGAACCCCAGGAGAUUUGUCCCGCCACAAACUGAGAGGCAAGAGACUUUAGUGGGUACAAGUGUUCUCUGUACAGAGACUCCCACCUGGAGCAAGAGAAGAUAGCCAAAGUGACAAUGGCAGCACGGGUGGAAAAGGGUGCAUUUGUUGCAAAAAAAAAUGGUUGUUCUAUUUUGUGAUGUAGCAUACAAGCUGUGAGAAACUUACUAUGUUUUUUUUCUUCUUGCCAAGCCUUCAUCCCAUGCCCUUCCCUUCCACCCAACUAUUAAGACUUUUCUUGACCUUGUUUGGAUCUUUUCAGAUGCCGCCAGAUGUGUUUUGUGCAUGCCGUCUGAAAUCAAUUUUAAGAGAAAGAGGUAGGCUCUUUUGCUUUAAGGUGCACUUAACGUAGGAGCGGGUGUGCGCGCGCGUCGUUGGUGUGUAUGCGCGUGCUUUGUCACUGAUAUCAAUCAAAGAUCAAACCCACCGCAGAUAGUGGACACACGCUGUGUGCUGCAGUCACUUCCAAACCAGUACUGCCACUUUUAAAUGUGUUUUUAGUUGAAAUAUUGAUAUUUAUAUCCAAAGAGCUGUGUUUCUAUGGAAACAAUACAAAGUGGAACAGCAUUAAUUCCCGUGAGAUUUUUAUUUAUUUUCAAGUGGGAUGUCUACAAAUGUCACGAGCCUUCAACGAGCAUCAGAUUGUAAGGACUGCUGCAAAUCCGUUGCCAAAAUGAAUGAACAGCUCAUUACUUAUGUUUUAGGUAGUUUCACUGGAUUUAAACAACAAGUAGGUAUUAGCACUGCAGGGAAGGUGUUCUCUCAAGGAACACAACCUUCUCGCUUCAGCCAGGUAGACUUUAAACUUUUCCAUGUCCCUCUCCCUCUUUGUGGUAAGUGUACAAUUGGUCUUAAUCUUUCUAGGGUCCUGUAGAGUAGCUUUCUUUUGAUAACAUUGCAGGGAUCUUCCUGAAACAAAUGAACUUAUUGAGAUAAUGGGAGCAGACUUUACAGGGAAUGUGAGUGUGGGUGGGGUUGGGGUUGGGGGGAAGUGGGGGGGUUGUUAAACAGAGGAUUUACCCUCUGGUCUAUUCUGAAAUUCGAUUCUUAAGCAUAACUCCGUACCUGCUGGCCAGAGACUGCGGGGGAUUUUUUUGCUUAAGGCAGCUGUAUCCUCAGGAAGCCGCAAAGUGCCUGUGGCUUUACUCACCACCCUUGUAUUGCCAUGCCACAAAGUUGGCCAAGCGUCGAGUCCUAAAGGUGUGCGUGUGGAAACUGACCAUUUGCCAGAAGCAGUUCUCUCACUUUCCAGGGGUUUAAAGUAAAAUUCAGUUGAUGCCUAUCACUGAUACAGAUUGAGCAUUGUGACAUUGCCAUUACGUGGAGCCAAUCAGUGGGUCUUGGGGCAGUUUCUGAUAUUAACCAUGCCACAACAAGGGGCUUGGGCUGUGUACAAUUCCGUAGUUUCCAUAGUGAUGUGAAUUCAACCAAAGUACUUCCAAAAUGCAGUGAGCUUAUCGAAAUAAAGUUUGGAUAGUUGUGCCCAUUAGCAUUUGAUUCUUUGGAGUGCAAAAUGUUGUAAUUACUAGCUGCAAUGUCGUUAAGCUCUUGUUUCUCCCUCUGUGGUUGAAAUGAUGCAGUAUCACUUUGGACUUUGAGGGCCAACACACUUCAGAAAUCCAAAUGAGCAUGCCGAGGCAUCAAGUGACCCUAAAGACCUGUAGGUGGGACAUUAGUAGUUACAAUUCUGCAUACGUGACUUGUCAGGAUAAAUAUGUCUUGGCCUGGGACAAAAGCAGGCUUUGCACCCAUAAUUCAAAUUCUUGAAUGACAGAGAAGUCUUCUCCACCCAGAAGUAUCUGGUAUAUGUCCUCAGGCUGCUUAACACUUCAACCUCCUGUUCCAUGUAGGGCACAACAAGAGUCAAACAUUCCACAGUGUAGGAAGUAAAGGUUGGUGUUGGUCACCUUAUGUUACUGUAUGCACUCUUGAAUAUGUCCUGGAGUUUAGAGUUAGUAGACAGAAGCACAGAGCUGUGCUCAGGGUGAGGGGUGAAGCAAUCUUGCGUAACAUUCUCAAGAGAGGUAGAACUAUUUGAUCGUCUUUUAUUGGACUCAUGCAAAAAUGUUAACACUUACCUUUUGAAUAUUCUUCUGUUUUUAACACUGAAAAGGCUGUUGCUUUUAAUUACCAGAUUGCGCAGCAACACUGUUUUAACUGAUUGUUGGAAAGUAAUUAUUUUAAUUGACCAUUUUUUUUGUGUGGGUGGUGGGGGAAGGAAAUACAGCUUUUUAGAAACCAGAUUUACAACGUUCCAAAAGGAGACGUUCAUGAAAACGGUUUGUUUUUUUUCUGGCCAGUAGCACAUACACUUAGAGACUUUCCCCAUUUGUGAAAUCUCCACAAGUUGGAGAGUCAGUAAAAAUCAAGUGGUCCGGUCAGUAGUUUGCACUGCACAGUACUCCAAGCUGUUCUGGUAUAGACAGUUGCCAUUAUCCAACCUUUUACAGUAUCUAGGGAUUCUACCAGGCUGUCAAAUUAGCUUGUUAUGCGGUUAUAUCCAUACCCAUUCUGCUUACUUAAUGGGAACAAACUACUUGUUAAUUCAGAAUUGUGUAACUUGAAUUUUGUUAGAGCAAAUUUUAUUUGAAUAAAAUUGUCUCCUGUUUAGUUUUAUUUAUAUUAAUUCAAACCAUUGUUCGUACGACUUUCUUUUCAACUCUUAAUGCAACGUUGAGGCAAGAUGAGUAGACCCAUAUUUCAGUGUGAAUGUUCUGGCCAGCUUGCUCCACUUCUUUUGGUCAAUUUGUGCUGUAUAACUGGAGAAGUAGGAAAAAUGCAAAAUCGGGAAAUAAUAAAUACAAUCCUCAACUGCAGGGAAGAAAAAUAAGCAUUGAAUUUGGAAAGGUAAUGCAAGUUUGUGUACACAUUCCAGUCACAGCUCUGGAGAGUGAUAAAAGUCUGGGAUCUCAGAAGCACUCAGAGCUUGAUUCUUCAUGGUUGCUGUUAUCUCUCUGGAUGUGAUGUUCCAAACGUGGAGAUGUUUUGUGUCCUGUUAGAGAUGAGCUGUGGAUUGGCCUCUUGGAAUUUCUCUAACCACUUUUUUUUAAACUGUAGCCAGAUUGCAAGGUAACAAUGACUUCCCCUGCAAUACAGAGAGAUGAAUAAUCUAUACUGCCCAGGAGCCAGCACUGCAUGAAUCAAAAAGAACAGUGAUUGUAAUGGUCAUUACCAGCACCUAAUUUUUACUAUCUGUAAUUAGUAAAAAUAACUUUCCUUUGAUCUUACUAUUGUUCCCAAUUUUUACUUUUGUUGAAAACAUUUUAUCUGUUUAUAUGUUAUAUUUGCAUCUCAAAAAAAGGUGAUGUUCCCUUUUAAAAUGUUUGCACUUUCCCAGGAGUUUCUAUGUUUGUUGAUGAUUUACAUGGUACAAUGGAGAUGAAUGGUGGCUAAAAUUCAAAAAUAGAUAUCCUGUCUUUUUGACUUCCAGGCUCAUGAUGUUUCCUGGUGAUUUCUACAUUUACAAAAGUAAAUAGGGUUAAAAUUGAUGCCUGCUGAAACAACUUGUAAAACUACCUUUUGAAAAUAUAAAUUCGCUAAAUUCUUUCAAAGAUUGAGUUUCUAGACAUGGAAGAUGUCAUGAAAUGUAUGGUUCUGAUGGAAGCACUGGCAAUUAUCUCUUGAAGGGACAGAUCAAAACAGUUACACCAAGCAGCAUUGGUGUCCAUCUUGAUAAUUGUGUGUGUUAAGUGAUUUUUGUGUAUGUGGACACUAAUGGCAAUGGGGUUCACCAUGGGAAAGGCAUGGGCUUUCAGUUGAAUUUUAAUUUGGUAAUUGUCCAUGGUUUAAUAAAGACCCACCAGAUGUAUUUGAAAUGUGCUUACUUGGAAAGGUGUUGUAAGGACACGUACUUAAAUAUAGUAGUACAACGUUAAGCGUUAUCAGUGAAGCGCAGCGGUGCUGUAGUGGCAUCAGCACCAGACUUCGAGGCAAAUGGUCCUGAAUUCAGAUCCGGCCAGCUCCUUGCACACUUUGCCUCCGUGCUGGAUGGCAAAUGCUAAAAAAAACAGGAAAAAUGCUGCCUGAUGCACCAUACAAAAAGGAACAACAAUGGAAUGCAACCUUUAAAAUCAGAAAGAAGCUGUUAGGUGCAAUAUUUAGAUUUCUCAGCCAUUAUCUUCCUUCCUUCACCACCCUUACAACAUCCCUCCCCCCUUCCUUAGUGGGUGCUUGUUCAGGACCAGGUGCGUUUUUCCUGAAAGCAGCAAAAACCAAUAGGAAAGACUCGGUUGCUUAGACGGCACUCCCUUUAUCUUUGGCUGUAUUCUGGGUAGGGUGAGUAAAAGCUGUGUUUUAAUACCCUUUGGUGUUGUAACGCAGCUCAGGAUCGCUACCUGAGUACAAACAAAAUUCAUAAAGUUCAAAGUUAAUAAUUGCAAAGAAAAACUGCUACUUAUUUUUAGGUUUGCAUUCUUUUGUAAUUGUGUUGCCCCCUCUGCUGUUUGUUCUGUAUUUACACAAUGAGAUAAUGAGAGUUUGCCUACAGUGAAGUGUGUGAACUGCAGCCAUGGAAGUCUUUUUUAAAUUCAUGGUUUACUGGAUUUUGUUCUGUGUCUCUCUGUCUCUCCUAUCCUCUUUUCUGCCUUUAGUAUUUUUUCCACUGGCCUGACAAACGUGCUAUGAAACUCAAGUGUUAUGAUAAAGAUUUGACUUCCUAAGUUGCAUCCACACAAAAACGAUAAGUAAUAGCCCUCUAUCUCCAGGCCUCUGGUGACCAGUAUCAUUCAGGCACUUCUUUUUGAAGGAUCUCACAAAGGCAAGUUGAUACUUUGGAGAUUUUCCCCUGAAUUCUACAUUAUAACCAAACAGAUUAACAGUACACCCACCCCAGUACAAUUCUCAAUAACAUUCAAUUCCUCUUUCUUGCGAUUUGUUUGGGAUUUUAGUGAGUCAUCAGUAACCGUUGGCAGUGGCAGUGAAUGUGCAAAAACAUCCUGCUUUAAUAAUGCAAAUCAUAAAUAUAUUAAAUUGGUUCAAUACCUGCAAACAUACUAAUAAAUUUUAAUGUUCUAUUAAGCACGUUCAUAUCCUACACUCUAAAGGAAGCAAUGUUAAAGACUUAUCUGCUCACUGCACAAUUUUUGCACCUGGGGUCAGGCAUGAGGCUCCUUUUUUGAGCCCAGCAAGGACCAGAUGAACAAAUUGUCCCCCUUACCUUCAGGAUGGGAAGCUUCAAAGCUGCUCUGCUGUGCAACAUGUUGAUUUCCAGCACAAGCUGUUGCCUGGAGAUGCCUCUUAAGAAAGAUAACCAGUUGGUAUUCGCACCAAUUCUACUUCAAGGAAAUGCCAGUUAAGAUCUGAACUGGCCUUUAAACUCAACCAGGUCUUGGAAGCAUUGGUUUGGGCUGAUUUCAAGCCACACUCCACUGGGUAAAAGAGCAGGAAGAAUGAUCUCUGCAAAAGUAAAUUGGGUCAAUGCACUGAAACUUCCUUGCCUCAUCUUGGGAAGAUCAGCUAGAGGUCCCUUAGUACUCUAGCCCCAGAAAAAUAUCGUGUCAUGUCAUAAAUGCUGCCUUGACAUUAAACCACUAUUAAACUACUAAAUAAAUAAGGUUCUCUUAUUUCAUACUUCAGCCUGGCAUUAGUUGUAGAAUCUGCAGUAUCCACUUUAGCGCAAUACCACAGAUCCAAUGGUUGAUCUUACACUACAAGUUCUUUACAGAAGUAAGUUGCUGCAUUUAGGAGCUGUGUGUUGCUAUCUGGACAAAUAAAAAUGAAUUUGGUUCAAGCACAAUGAUACCAGAAGUUUGGGAAACCAGACACUGAGUGCCAGACCUCCUCCAGCUCACUGUGGCUGCCUCUCUCGUCUGCUGAGCCUGUUGUCCACGUGAUGAUGCAUUGGUUAGAACAGUUAUUGACAGUACUGCUUCAACGUGUUGGUGCUGAGGAGAAGGACUUGGACCAAAGCAAAAAUCAAUUUGUUCAGAAAGUAUUUCAGUGAAGGUUGCAGGAAACAAACUACAUCCCCCAAUAAAAGCAGUGAUAUUUCUCAGGAUUCAAUGAUUGAACAAUAUUUAAAAUUAUAUGCAUAAACAGUCUCAGCAGAUUAGGCAUCACUCCUGAUUGAUAGGGAAGUUAGCCAAUCAUAUCCACUCUGCCUUGCUGUAGGAUAGUCAUUAUAUUCAGCCUAGUUUAAAGAGGUUUGUACUGGGCUUCAGAGUUUGCAAUAUGUUACUAUACAGCUGCUCGCACAUUUCCCCAGGGUCUAAUACCAGCCGAGGAAACAAUUGACAGGAUAAGUUUGAAAUUUCAAAACAAGACAUUUUUUUUACAAAAAGUCAACUUCCUAAAUAGUGGGUGGUGUGUUUGCCAGGCCAAGCUCAUAUGCCUCCAUGUCUUCAACCAGGAGAGUUUGAUGUGAGGUUCCACUUGCAGCUAGUGCUUUGUACUGGGCCAAAUUCACCCCUUUGGGCUCAUUAUGAGAAGACAGUUUGCCUUUUAAUUCCUACUGGCUCCUCCUAUCUGAUUGAAGGCCAUGUUCAACACUUGCCAGAAAAAUACAUUGAUAACCUGGUUAUUUCAGUCAUUGGCUGUGAAGGUGUAAAAUAUUUUACUUCUGAGUGGAUCUACAUUGAUUUAUAAAACAGAUCCCUGGGGUUUGUAUCUAAGUGACACACUAGGGCUGCAGGAGAGAUCAGAAACAGGUUUCAGACCCCUGCAGGGUAACAGCUAAUUGCUGGGAGGUGUCCUUUUUACAUUCUGCCUACAGAAAUGUCCUAAAAAAUACAAUUAUAUGUGUUUUAAGAAUCCUGGCCCUUCCCAAUGGCAGCAUGUUAUUUGCAUGUCAGUAGUAGCUGACCCCAAGCUCAGGAACGCUAGCCUGCAGUAUCAUCGUGCCAAAUACUUUCACAGGCAUAGUUAAGUAAGCCAGGAGAUGGAAAAGCAGAGGAAAUUUCUCAAGGUUGAUCCUGCAGAAACUUUAAGGAACUUUGCAACCACCCUUUCUUCUCCACCUCCUGAGAGUGUAAUUAAAGGAUAAAUCUCUGGUGAAUUGCAGUGUAAUUAUAAUUAUUAGUCAUCUGUGCACUAAUACUUAUCACCAUUGGAGCAACAAAGCAAUCUGAUGGAGGAAUUCAGGGGUCAAGCAUCACCUGUGGGAGGAGAGGAAUUGUCAGUUUCGAGUGCAGUCCAGUACUGCCGCAGAGUUUUGACCUGAAACACUGGCUGUUCCUGUCCUCCCACUCAGUUCCUUCAGCAGACUGUUGCUCCAGAUCCUAGCAUCUGCAGUCUCUCAUGAUUUUUGUCAUGUAUUUCAAUGACUUAUCUUAAUAUCCUUUACUUGGAGCAAGCGUCUUGAGGAUCCAUUUCUGAUGUCCUAACCUGAGAGCCCCCUCCCAAACCUCCUGAAGGUCUGUCAUGAGGUAUUUAAAAGGUCCCCUAAUUUACUGAAGUUAUGAAGCUGUGGUAAUGAAGACAUUCAAGCUAACCCUGUUUGGGUUUGUUGUACAAACCACUUUUUCAAAUGCAUUCUGGAUUCUCGAAAAUAUUUGCAUCCUUCAGUUCCCUAGAACUUCCAGAAUUAAGUCACAAGCAUAAUGUGCUGAAUGAAUUUGCUGAGCUAAUUGUGGGUUGGCUGACUUUACUUCAAGCCCCUUUCUUUGACACUGGAGGAGUGAGAGAGGAGGUGGUGACUUGCCCAGCUCGCUUGCCUUCAGUGAAUAAUGAGUACUGUGGUCAGGUAACGUAGCAUCCACAGCACAGGCAGUAUCACAGAUUAGACUUCGCAAACCUGAUGUUUCCUUUUGUAUUGUUAGCUAAGCAAUCAUCCCAAAAGAAUGUAAUGCUCUCCUCUUUUAUUUAAUUAGGAAGCUAGGCUGAUGGGAACUCUGAUGAAAGUAGAAAAUCUGAAAUAAAAGUAAAAACUAAAACACAUUCAAAUCAGCAUUUGUACUGGAAACCCUUGACUAUCAAGAGCAUGUUCUGCUUGAAGUUAGGAGCGAGAGUUGCUCUUACUUGUGAUAUUUAACUCCUGUCAGUGCUCUGUCAUGCCAGUUGAAAGCCUAGCUGUCUUUACCACUCCAACCCAAUAGCAGAGCUGAAAAUGCUGGAAGGGGUUGUCAGUUCGGACAGAUAACUGGGGAGAGGAGAAGAGGGAUUGUAUCAGUCCAACUGAGCUGCCUGUGUGCUUCUCUCUUGGAUGAAGCAUUUGAUGAUUAUUUUUUAAAUUUCAGAAUUCCAGCAGCUGCAGUAUUUUGUGAUAAGUCUGCUUAAUUACCUUCACCAGUACUUGACUUCCUGCAUGUUUGGCAUGGCCAGCACUCCUGUUUAUGGAGCCACAGUCUAUGUUUGAAGAGUGUCUUUGGAAUGAACCUCACAGAACACCUUUGCUAAACCUACUUUGCAUUCAUUUCUAGGUUUUAGACAAGGGGGGAGGACUGCAUGAGUAUCUGGUUGCAAUGUUUCUUUCUCUGAGGCUCAUGUGCAGGACUGUAUAUUAUUUCAUCAGACAUAGAAUUUUUUUUUUCUGAUUUCAGUUUAUCAAUCUGCACUGUCUUUGGUACUGUGAUGUAAAGUGGGGCCUGAGACCCAGCCAGGCCUGACUUUGCCCUUUUCUCCUUACGUUUGUUGCCUCUACCCCUUUCAAUUUGGAUAGGACCUUCUGUAUGUUUGGAAGUAGAAACUGCAGGGUUGCACAGUCUUAUCAUUGUACUGUAGAAAUGUUCUACUGUAAAAUUCCAAUUAAAACUGACAUUAUUUCUA